CCAGGGCGAAUGAUAAUAACCUGAAAAUCCAUCCACCCUGAAGUCCUCACACCCCGACAAAAGGGGACAGGACAAACGGACUAGGCAAUGAGGAGUGUUGGUCAUAGAAUCCUCUCAUUUCUGCUCUGCUCUCUUAACAUUUAAAGGAUCUGAUCAGGCUGCUGUGUGAGUGCAGCAGAUACCGAGAAGACAGUGAGGAGACCUGGAACCAAAUUGAUGUCGUAGCGCAUUUUAUAAUAGAACUAGAAGAAUCCGCAUCACUCAGAGCCACAGCUACACGCGGGCAGAACCAGGGGGUGGACAAUUUGACACUGUAGAGAUGUCUGAGGCGUUGUCACAGCAGGAGAGGCUCCAGGCUAUAGCAGAGAAGAGAAAGAAACAAACAGAAAUAGAAAACAAAAGAAGGCAACUGGAGGAUGACCGCAGACAGCUGCAGCACCUCAAGUCAAAGGCAUUGAGGGAGAGAUGGCUGCUAGAUGGAGCUCCCUCUGCUGGCUCGGAAGAAGACGAAGCAAAAAAACAGCUUCAAGAAGAUGAGGCCAAAACUAAAGAACUUGAGGAGGCUAUUCAGAGUCUGGAACAGGAACUGGAGGAGUUGGAGAAGGGUGUGUCCGCAACAUCCACCAAAGAAAAUCUGUCUGAUGCAGACCAGCAAGAGGAAACCAAGCCUGAAGAGAACAUGGUCACAGGAGACUCUGUUAAAGAGGUCAGAGAGAUCAAAGUUCACGUCAGCCCUCGACUGGAGAAAUCCAGGGGUGACUCUGACAUGAUGAGAGCAGCGAUGUACUCCGUAGAGAUCACAGUUGAGAAGGACCUGGUCACAGGCGAGACCAAAGUCUUGUCCACCAACACACUACUGCCCAAAGAUCUCUCUCACCAGGGAGUCAAAGUGUAUGAGGAUAAACAGAAAGUGGUGCACGAGGUGCGUGGGACAGACGGCCCACUGAUCAAUGGCGUGCACCAGCUCAGCUCGUCCGAAGUGGAGGAGCUCAUCCACAAGGCCGACGAAGCCUCAAUGAGCGACAGUAGCAAAGCCACACCCCAACGAAUGGUGGAGGCAGGUGAGAAGCUCGAGGCAGGAAUGGAGCAGGUCAGGGCCACUCCAGUCAAGGAGAUCACUGGCGUAGAAGCCAAACCAUCGCCAGCCGUGACCCAGACUGAGGUAAACGAUGCUAGUGUGGACAAGCCAGUCACAAUGGUGUUCAUGGGCUACCAGGACGUAGAGGAUGAGGACGAGACAAAGAAGGUGCUGGGGCUCGAGAGCACCACAGUCAAGGCUGAGCUGGUAGUCAUUGAGGAUGGAGAAAAAAAGAACGAAACCAAGGAGGAGCAGGCACCGACAAACGGAGGUCCAGCUGAGCCGGCAAAAGCCCAGGAAGAGAAAGGCGAAGAGGGUGAACCCGAAGCUGGAGCUGCUGAAAUUAAAAGCAAAGAAAAGCAGCCUUGCAAAUGCUGUUCUAUCAUGUGAAACACUCCUUCACUAGGGAACUUGUAACAUUUCUUUCUCAGAUCGGUGCAUCACGUCACCUCACAGACAAAAUUAUACCAACAAAAAAGAGAGGAGAGAAAACAUCUUGUAUCUUUUGAUAGAAAGCUAUUGUUUUCUUACUUCAUUUGUACCAGUUUUAUAAUUUACUUUAUUUUUCCAUUUUUUUGUCGUUCCUGUCAUAUUAUUUAGCCUCCUCUGCUUUGGUUUAGUGCAACUAAGACAAAAGCUGUUAUACGAGUGGGACCUGAUACUUUCAGCAAAGAGGUUAGCAGCUUAAGCAUCAUUAUCAUUGGCAUAAUAUACUGUACACAAACUCUUUUGUGUUUUCACUUUUUUAUUUGCAUAAGAAGGACUCAGAUAUCUCUGUAACUAUAUAAUAUACAGUAUAUGAAUCAUUUAUUUUUAAUAUAUAUUUAUUUUCUGUUCCUUUAUGAAGCACCCUAACAUUGUUUCUUGCAGAAGCAUGGUGUGUGAAUGCUCUCUGGUCUUAUUAUUGCAUUAUCUUUCUUCUAAAAAUGGGGUGAGGUCAAGAGUGAGAUGAGACAGGGGUAGUGCGAAGGCUGAUCACCUCAAACAUUUGUGUAAUUCCUUAUGACUGAUCCAGCUGUGAGUAAUUUUCCUCAUGCUAUAGAAUGAGGGCUGAAGGUUACUCUUGGGAUAGUUAGUGUAACAAGAUUUCAAUGGUAGAGAUGGUUAGUGGCCGGUUGACUUGAUGUGUGUGUGUGUGUGUGUGUGUGUGUGUGUGUGUGUGUGUGUGUGUGUGUGUGUGUGUGUGUGUGUGUGUGUGUGUGUGUGUGUGUGUGUGUGUGUGUGCGUGUCUGUUGUUCGAACACUCAACCGCUUCCGUAUUGCAUCAUGCAUUGCCAUUAAAAAAAUCACACUUCGGUGGCAUUAGAGACCCUUACAUUUAUCACAUUUACUAGUUUUAUUGUGUACUAACAGCAUCCAUUACCACACGCACACACACGUAGUCAUGUCUGUUACAGUAUUUUCUCUCAGUAGAAUCGAUUCAACAUAUUACCCUUAUUAAAGAAUUCACCAAGGUAUAACACAUAACACACACAAAAAAACCAAAAAACCCAUUAAGUACAUUUUUUCACAUCUACAGUAUUUUCCUCAGUUAGCCUCCACUGCAAUUUAAAUUCAAAUUUAAUUUAGCCUCAUUAGGUUCGAUGGCUGAUAAAUGCACUACCUUUUUUAUCAUUAGUUUGAAUGUUUAUACCAAGUUAACAGCUGCCUAUGAAGCAAACCGACUUUGCUGCCAGUCCAAAGUGGCAUCAUGAACAUGGCAACAUACACUGCCUUCAAUCUCCUCUCAGGCAGAAAAAUCCACUUCGUUUAAAUUCUCAACUAAUUUGCUGGAGCCGAACCUAUGCAAGAACACUCACAUUCGCAAGUCAGGAACAACAAAGUCAGUAUGUUCAGUGUCGAUUCUGAUAUGUGUCAUAGUAAAGAAAGAAGAGGUGGUGGUGAUUCGGAUCUGUGGCCUCACUGAUGAAUUUAGUGUCUCAUUAUCUCAUUAUCCUUUGUUAUAAGGUAAAAUGUCUACUGACUGCUUGUCCAAAAGAAGUUGGGGUUGUUUUUGUUUUUUAAAAGUGGUGCCGUGACCCUUUAAACAGGAUAGCUAUUUAUGUCAGAUUUGUCACUGAAUGGUGUUCAAGACAUCUGGAUUGUUCUCUGAGAACCGAUUAAAGAUAAAGAUUCUUGUGGUGCUAAACGAUCCGAACGAUCACACAGCAAAUUUCUCUGUUUUAUGAAACAGCACGGCUAGCCCUCAUAACAUUCGCUCCAAGUGCCAUCGGUAUUAAUAUUCAUUACCUUAUUAUUGUUUUUAAAUCUUGUGUCUUGAUGGAUUAUUUUUUAUCGCUUAAUUUUUGCAUUGCUUCAUUCGUUUAUUAUUUGUAACAUAAUAGUGUGUUGCAUUAUCAGAUAACUUUGAUGUAGGUAGGAGUAUAACGCUGCGUUGGGCUUUUUCAGUGGCGCUAUGACUAUGAUAGUUGGGAGGUAAACUGGUGGCUCAAUAGUGCGUAAGUGCAUUUGUAAGAGUGUGUGUAUGUGUGUGUUCUCCUUUCGGUAUAAUAGCAUUGGCAGUACUUUAUUUUUUCUUCUGGGAAGAUUUUCAUUUGGGGCCUUGUGGCUACACAAUUCUCGUUUAGAAAGGCUCACUGAGAUUCAUAUACUGUAAGGUAGUUAAUAUGAAUCUAACCCCUAACCCUAACCAUGGAACAUAUUUCAUUACCAUAUUUACACUAUUUUCUUUUGGAAAGAGUAAGAUGUCUUAUUAAUCUUUGUCUCAGAUUACAGCUCUUAUAUGGCUAUACAAAACCGUAAGACAAUAUCCUUAACCAUAACAAUUAACCUUAACCUACAGUUAAUCUGGGCUUCUUCUCCCAUCAGCCUUACACAUGGCACUCACAGCACCAUCACUUACCUCAGACUUGCUCAGCAGCGCACUCUACUGUCUGUCAGUACUAACAUUCCAGUUCAGAUGAUUUUCCUUGGCCCUGAAUGCCUUGUUGCGCGGCCCCUUGCCGGGGCGUUUUCUCUUUGUAAACAUGCAUGCUUUUUAUAGAUAUAUUGAUCAUUAUAUCUUCAUAUCCGUAUCCAUCAGUCGGUAAUGUCUCCCUCUCCCUGUAGUUGAAGUCUUGCCCUAUAUCAUCCAUAAUGUCCAUGCGAUUGAUGUAUUGAACAUAGUGUCUAGGAGCAUGAGGAGUGAAAGCGUGAUAGUGUAGAUGAGGUCAUUUCCUACAUUGGAGCAACACUCAUCUACUUUAAUGCUCCAUUUUCUUCCUUGAAGGACAGACCCAUCUUAGGUUUUGUUUUGUUUUUGGGUUUUUUUUUCCCCACCUGGGAAUCAGUGUGUGUGCUCCCACUGCCACGGCUCUGUGUGCUUUCUCAGCUGUGAAGGUCUGCUUUCUUACCAACUUGAAAGUGCUGUAGAAUGAAUUUUAAUUGAAAUAUUAAAAUGUGACGUGCUUUAAGGA